CUCUCCCAAAAACGAAACGCAAAGGUAUAUUUCGUUUACACUAGAAAGGUGUAUUUAAUGGAUGAAAGGAAAUUGUAGGCCGCGAAAAUCAUCAACUACCAAGCUCCGAUGGAAAUGGCGCGAACCAUGGCGGAUCUGUUUCCAGACGGGAGAGACAAGGUCAAGGUCCUUGAUGCUGCUGCUGGAACAGGACUCAUUGGGAUGGAACUGUUUAAAGUGGGAUUUAAAAAUUUGGACGCUGUUGACGGAGCUAAGGGCAUGUUGGCUGUAGCGGAAUCGAAACACAUCUACCAGCGUCUGAUCUGCCAAUACCUGGGAGAAAAUAAAUUAGGAAUCGACGGUCGAAUCUAUGAUGCAGUAACGAUGAGCGGAGGGGUAGGACGUGACGGUGUCCCGACUGCUGGAUUCAAGGAUGUUCUGUCUGUUAUAAAACCAGGUGGAGUGUUCGUGCACAUCACGCGGUCAGAAUACUGCAGUAAAAUUGACGAGUACCGAGAUACCACGCUGCCUCUCUUCGAGAAACUGGCAGAAGAGGGGAAAUUGAGACUGGAAACAGAGAAAACAUUUCCUGUCUUCUUCGAUGGAAAAGAAGGAGUUAUUUCAGUAUACAGAGUUUUGUAAUGGAAAACAAAGACUCGAAACAGACAAAAAUUUCUCUCAUCUUCGUGGAAAUGAAAUGUUUUCAGUAUACAAGUUUGUAAAUGAACAUAUUAUAAAAAUAAAAGUUCUUUGAUAUAGAAA